GUUUCCCACAAUGCACCGCGCGCGUCUGCUGAGAAGCCAGCGAGGAGAAAGGGAAGCAGCGACAUGAACGCGAAUGGUGUACAGUCGUAACACGACGAAGUAUAAAUGGUAGUUUAAGCCUAGGUGCGUUGCUACAGUUCGCUUGAGGACGGCUGCGGUGAAAUUCUCUCCUGGCGACAGCUGGUGGCGGUGUUUUUAGCAUGAGCUAGCCGGUUAGCUAGACCCGUGGAAAGCAGCUGGAAACGUCAGGCGGCGGAUCCCGACACAAAGGAUAUUAAUUACUGGUCUUUUAUAAUAGAACCGCUCUAACUGGCGGCGAGAAAGGAGCUGGUGGCGUUUGUAAGUACUCGCUUUUAGUAGCUUUAGCCAACUUAGCUCGGAAACGCGAUGAGCACUGAGGAGACUGCAGCGUCCACCAAAGCCACCCCUGAGGAUGAUGGCAUGACAUGGUGGUACCGAUGGCUCUGCAAGAUAGCGGGGAUUCUGGGAGGAAUAUCUUGUGCGGUCGCAGGAGUGUGGAACUGUGUCACUGUGAAUCCUUUAAACAUUGCUGCUGGAGUGUGGAUGGUGUUGAAUGCCUUCGUGCUUUUCCUAUGCGAGGUGCCGUUCUGUUGCCAGUUCAUAGAGUUUGCCAAUGCGGUGGCAGCCCGUGCAGACAAACUCAAACCCUGGCAAAAAGCCUUCUUCUACUGUGGGAUGGCUCUGUUCCCCAUAUUCUUGAGUUUCUCCAUCACAACCCUGUUUGGGAACGCCAUCGCCUUUGCUACAGGAGUUCUGUACGGCCUUGCAUCUUUAGGCAAAAAGGGUGAUGCAGUGACUUACGCCAGACUGCAGCAUCAGAAACAGGGCGAUGAAGAGAAAAUGACAGGAACAACAAACGGUGCUCCAGAGUGAGGCGUGUGCUUCCCACCCUCACCUCUACGUCCCGUCUCUUCCUCCAUCCUCCCACCGUCACUUUCAUUUGUCACUACUUACUGAGAAUAAGUUUAUUUAUUGACUCUUAACUGCUACGUUUUUUUGCUUCCGACCCAGUAGAAGUGAAACAGAUUGAGUCCAUUGUUUGGUGAUGUGUGAUUGGAAUCUCUGAUUGACUUUAAGCUUUUGUUUUUAUUGUUUUUAAUUCUUCUAAUACGUUGUAUUUAUUCUUGUUUCCCCAUGUUGAGGUCAGUUGUCGUUUUGCAGGGAAAAUAAAUAUACGGUAAAACUUUGUAGCCCAGGAUCCUUUUUAGGAAAGCGGAAUAAAGAUUUACAGGAUUGUAAAAUGUUUAGGCUGUGGUUCAGGGUUGUUUGGCCCCAUGAUAGCCUCUUCAGGGCAGUUGGGAUUUAAGUAAUGUAUUGAUUUUAACCCAUGUAAUCUGAAGAAGUAAAUGUACAUGAAAAUAUCAUGGGUUUAUUUCAUACCACAGUGUUUCACCUGCUGCACACUUACAACCCUGAACUGCAUCCUGAAUGCAAACAUAGGCAUCAAAGAUGUUUCAACAUUGGUGAAUGUAUUCUGUGGACCCAAAGAUAGAGGCAGAUUAUGUUUUAUUCAAUGCCAUUGUUUUUUAUUUGGACAUAGCAUUUGAUGCACAAGUUUUCUCUUUGACCUAUGGAUCCUUGUGCUUACGCAGCAUGUAACCAAGUGGUGCCCUCAAAUGUGAUACACGAUGUAAUGGAAAUCUGGAAUUUAUGCUUUUUGUUUCCAUUUUUUUGUGAAACUUAAUAUCUGCUCUGUCUUAAUUUGAUUAGAACGUUUCUUCACCAAAGCCGUUUUAAUGAAGGGAAGUGUCUUGAUCCAGGGACUGACUGGUCUGUAUCCCACACUAUCAUUAGAGCCGUGAAUUGCCUUUGUCACUCCGCUAAGGUUUGCAGUGCUCUGCAAUUCACUGUUUAGUGUUAUUUGGCUGUGUCAUGGGUGAAGACUGCGUCCUUGGAGCAGCUGAUCUGGGAUCUGCAUGGGCUGCAUGGACCUCUUACAGCUGCUUCCGUAUUACUGGCUGGGCAGUGACUGAAUGGAUUGUUCACACAAAACCACCAAACUCUCAGGUAGCUUGAUUACUUCACAGCGAACAAGUACAGUUAAGUAGCUCAUAGAUCAUAGAUGUACAGUAGCUAGAAUACGCAUGACUAUGAAAUUACUGUCAUUUGAGCCGGUGGAAAGAAAUGUAAAAUGUCCCAAAGCAGUGCCCACAAGUUGUUAAACACUACACACACCAGCGAUAGCUACAGUCACACUCAACGCUUUUAAGACUGUGAAUCAUUUCUCUCUGCCUCCUCAGCAUCCAGAUACUCAUUAAUCGUUUUAUUUCUUUAAUGGGACGUGCAUCCAAAUCUGGUGUUUACUAAUUCUGCAGGUCUUGAGUGUGUCUUGCUGUAAGGGUUCUGUGUAUAAUGUGUGUUGUGAUGUGCAUCCUGAUCUGGUUUUAAGUUAAUGAAUUAAACCAACUUGCUACUA